CGGGGCGCGGGAUGAUGACGUCACUUCGGGCGCGCCGCGGCCGCCGCCGUUACCGGAGGGUGCCGAGAGCGGCCUGGGCCGCGGCGGGGGCCGGGGGGCGGAAGUGACGUCACGGAGAGCGCGGGGAACCGGCUGGGGAUGGGCGGGAGUGACGUCAGCCCCUCCCCCUCCCUGCGCCUGGCCCUGGCCGGGGCCUGGUGGGCGCUGAGGGGGCGUGGCCUCCUGGGGAGCGGCCCCGGUGGGCGUGGCCUGGACGGGCGUGGCUGGGGGCGGCUCCUGGCGCUGCUGGAGGCCGUCGGGGGCGGGGCCCCGGGGCUGCUGCUGCCCCAGCACCGGGCGCGGCUCAGCCUGGGGCUGAAGGCACAGGUGGUGGCGUCGCUGCUGCGGGAGCUCGGCCCCUCCCCCGCCGUGCUGGACGCGCUGGAUUGGCUCUUCCCGGAGGGGGCGGGGCCGGGGAACGGCCACGCCCUCGGGACGCUGCAGGGGCGCCCCCUGGUGGCCGUGGCCGAGGAGCACUUCCGGGAGCAGGUGCUGGGAAUUCUGGGAAGUGGGCGGGGCCUGGAGCCCUUCCUGCAGGAGUACGGGCGCCCGUUCUCCCGCGCGCUCUCCCGCCUGUUCCUGGAGCUGCUGCGGCGCCUGGAGAGCGCCCUGCCCCCACCCGACCUGCGCCAGCUGGAGCAGCUGUGUCGAAGCCACGCCCCUCCGGGCUCCAAGCCACGCCCCCUCCCUCGCCUGCAGCGUUAUUUCGCCGAGGUUCGCCACGGCCACCCAGGUAGGCGGGACUUAAAGUGGGCGGGGUAA